ACAACAUGGUAGUUUCCGUGAAAGUUUUCAAAAAAGCAACACCCAAUGGCAAGGUGACCUUCUAUUUGGGUCGCCGUGACUUCAUUGAUCACUUGGAUUAUUGUGAUCCUGUCGAUGGUGUUGUGGUGGUCGAUGAAGAAUAUCUCAAGCGCCGCAAGGUAUUCGGCCAGUUGGUGACCACCUAUCGUUAUGGCCGUGAAGAGGAUGAAGUUAUGGGUGUUAAAUUUUCCAAGGAGCUCAUCUUGUGCCGCGAAGUUAUUGUGCCGAUGAGCAAUCCCAACAUGGAAAUGACUCCCGUGCAGGAGAAAUUAGUGCGAAAACUCGGUGUUAAUGCACAUCCAUUUACAUUCCAUUUCCCACCCAAUUCACCCAGUUCUGUAACUUUGCAACAGGAGGGCGAUGAUAAUGGCAAGCCCUUGGGUGUGGAAUACACCAUUCGUGCCUAUGUCGCCGAUUCGGAAGAUGAACGUCAACACAAACGUAGCAUGGUCAGUUUGGUGAUUAAGAAGUUGCAAUAUGCUCCCCCGACCAGGGGUCAACGUUUGCCCAGCUCUUUGGUCAGCAAGGGAUUCACUUUCUCGAAUGGAAAAAUUAGCUUGGAAGUCACAUUGGAUCGUGAAAUUUACUAUCAUGGAGAGAAAGUGGCAGCCACAGUACAAAUCAAUAAUAGCUCCAAGAAGGCUGUGAAAAAUAUCAAAUGCUUCGUCAUUCAGCAUACCGAGAUCACAAUGGUGAAUGCACAGUUUAGCAAACAUGUUGCCCAGUUGGAAACCAAGGAAGGCUGUCCCAUUACACCGGGUGCAAAUUUGACUAAGACAUUCUAUUUGAUACCAUUGGCAUCGAAUAACAAGGAUAGGCAUGGUAUUGCCUUGGAUGGUCAUCUUAAGGACGAAGAUGUCAACUUGGCCUCGUCCACCAUGGUGCAGGAUGGUAAAUCAACUGGUGAUGCAUGUGGUAUUGUCAUUUCCUAUUCAUUGAGGGUGAAAUUGAAUUGUGGCACCCUGGGUGGUGAAAUACAAACUGAUGUGCCGUUCAAAUUGGCUCAACCGGCACCAGGAACCAUUGAAAAGAAACGUUCCAAUGCCAUGAAGAAAAUGAAAUCAAUUGAACAGCAUCGCAACACCAAGGGUUAUUAUCAGGACGAUGAUGACAAUAUUGUGUUUGAAGAUUUUGCCAAAAUGCGCAUGAACAAUGCCGAAAUGAAUGAUCAAUAAAUGAGGAGAAAGCU